AUGGCGUCUCGAAUCCAGACUCGAUGUCUAGUCCUCUCCGACACACACGGCGAAGCGUUACACCACCGCAAAGUUCAAGAAAGCAUCGAUGUUGUCUUCCACUGCGGAGACUUGACCGAAGAGUCAAAGCUCGAUGAAUUUGAAACGACGAUCCGCCUACUCCAAGGAAUCGACGCCCCCCUGAAGCUCGUCAUUCCCGGCAAUCAUGACUGGUCGCUGGACGAUGCAAUGUUCGAAAAGAAAAUCGCUGAGAUGAAGCCCUCACAGGAGGAUCUCAAGUUGGUCGAGAAGGUGUAUGGUCGUGUAGGGGAAGCGAAGCAGCUUUUCGCAAAUGCGCGGGAAACUGGAGUUCACCUUUUGAGUGAGGGCAUCCACCGUUUUGAGCUUACCAACGGCGCAGUUCUAACAGUAUAUGCUAGCCCGUUUACGCAGUCUGUAAACGACUGGGGAUUCCAAUACCACCCUGACGACGACCAUGUAUGGGCAAUCGACGAUACAGUUGACGUGGCCAUCACACACAGCCCUCCGAAAGGCGUACUCGACUACAUCUCGUCUCGCGAGCGAGCCGGAAGUGCCAGUCUAUUCGCCGCCAUUGCCCUUGCGAGACCACAAAUGCACUGCUUCGGGCACAUUCACGACUCCUGGGGAGCAAAGAUGGUCGCGUGGCGUGACGAACCUGGAGACACUAUCUCGCAUUUCACCGCCAUCGACAAUGAGCAGUCGACGACGAUCGAGAGUCUGUCAACUCUCCGGCCAACCAAAUCCGACAACGCACGAGACAUUGAAGAGAAGGGGUCCAGGCGAGACAGUCAUGACGAGAAAGGCUAUUGCGCUGCCAAUCGAACCGCAACACGUGGCAAAGAAACACUCUUCAUCAACGCCGCGAUCGAGGGUGCUGAGGAUUUUCAGCAGCACUGGCCGUGGCUCGCCAAUCUCUCGCUGCCUGCAGCGCUGGACCGGACGUUUUCAAAAGAAACGCGAUCGCACGAGGCGCCUGAGCACUAA